GUUGCGUUUAUAUUUUUGUUCAGUAGUUUUCCUGCAGGAUUCUGUUAUUUUUUAUCACUUAAUGGAUUUAGUAAGGCAUCGAGCUUUGAUCUGUAUUUCAUUUGAAAAAGACAGCUACAUAUCCCUAUAUUAUAGCGUUUAUUUUUAUGAAUUGUAAUGUAAUAAUAUUUUAUGAAAUGUCACAUCUUGACGUUAGGCCUUGUUCAGAUGCUUUGCACUCACUUUAUCAGUCCCUAUGUAAAAAGCAUUGACAGUAGGCCUACUGGUCCAAUACAUAACAUACCUGCAAUGAAAAUGUAACCAAAUAAAGCGCUUAAGAGAUAAACCGUCAAGUGUGAAAGCAUAUAGAGAUUCUCUGCCUUAUUUGGUCAUGGAGCAUGUGUAGAGGGAGGAGCCGCUCCAUAAUCGUCAUCAUCGUGCACCCACAGGAAGAACUUCAUAAAGUACUGUCACAAACUAGCGCCUGUAAAAGCAGAGAAAUCAAUGAAAUAAAGAAACAAAUCUGCAGUGAGAAGAGUCUCGUUUACUGUCGGAGCUUAUCGGCCAGAGAAGGAAGUCAUGAGUGUAAACGGGAAGGAAAAGGACCCUGGUGCCCUAAAGGGAGAGGGGAAUACCCUGUUCAAUGCAGGGGACAUGCAGGGGGCUCUGUUCUUCUACACCAAGGCUCUCAAAUUGAGUGGCAGCCAGGCGGAGAGUGCUGUCCUGCACCGCAACCGCUCCGCCUGCUACCUCAAGCUAGAGGACUACACCAAGGCUGAGGCUGAUGCCUCCAAAGCUCUUGAUGCUGACCCUGGUGAUGUGAAAGCCAGGUUCCGGCGGGCACAGGCCCUGCAGAAGCUGGGUCGUCUGAACGAAGCGUUUCUGGACGCUCAGAGGUGUGCACAGAUGGAGCCCACAAACAACACCUUCAAGGAGAUGCUCAGACUGCUGGGAGCACAGAGCCAGAAAAAGUCAGUUCAGAUGUCCUCCACAGAUGCUCGCGUUCAGCAGAUGUUCUCUCUUCUCCUGGACCCCUCAGCACAACCCUCGGACAGACAGAAGGCUGCUCAGAACCUGGUGGUGCUGUCUCGUGAGGAGGCGGGAGCCGAGCAGAUCUUUCGUAACGACGGGGUGAAGCUGAUCCAAAGUCUGCUGGGCUCCAAGCAGGAGGAGGUGGUCCUGUCUGCUCUCAGGACCCUGGUUGGCCUGUGUACUGGCCAUCAGUCCAGAACCAUGGCCAUAGUGAACGAGCUGGGCAUGGAGCAGCUGUGUGGGGUGAUGGGCUCUGGGGCGUCUGCUGUGUCCCUGGCUGCCUGUCACCUGCUGCAGGUGAUGUUCGAGGCCCUGACAGAGGGCAUGAAGAGGGAGAUCAGAGGGAAGGACGAGGCCAUACUGCCUGAGCCGUCUCGUGAGCUGCGCUCCAUGCUGCGCCACCUGGUGGAGAUGAUGCCAGCGAGCAGUGUGUCCGGGCCGGGCCGAGACAGCGCCAUCAACCUCCUGGUCAAACAGGUGCCCCGCAAGUCCCAGAGGAACCCAGACAACUCCCUCACACUGUGGGUCAUAGACCAGGGGCUAAAGAAGAUCCUAGAGGUAGCAGGAACGGUCCCUGAGAUGUCUGAGGGACCUCCUCUCACAGACAACUCCCACAUGAGCUGCUCUGUGCUCCUCAGCAAACUCUAUGAUGACCUGAAGAGUGAUGCCGAGAGGGAGAACUUCAAUAAACUCUGCGAGGAAUAUGUCCAGCAUCACUUUGGCCGCCCCGGCCUGGAGAGUAAGCUGCGCGCCAUUCAGACGGUGUCUGUGCUUCUGCAAGGACCCAGCGACGUGGGCAACAGGACCCUGGAGAUGUCGGGUAUGAUGGAUGCGGUCAUCUCUCUGUGUGCCUCGGAGGUCGUGUGUCACCAGCAGGUGGCGGUGGAGGCUCUGAUCCACGCUGCAGGCAAGGCCAAGAGGGCCUCGUUCAUCACAGCCAAUGGCGUGGCACUGCUCAAGGACCUCUACAAGAAGAGUGAGAACGACCAGAUACGGGUUCGAGCGCUAGUGGGUUUGUGUAAGCUGGGCUCAGCUGGGGGGACAGAUUUCAGCAUGAAGCAGUUUGCUGAGGGGUCCACACUGAAACUGGCCAAACAGUGCAGGAAGUGGCUGUGUAACGAGUCUCUCCCCCCAACGUCUCGGCGGUGGGCCAUUGAGGGCCUGGCCUACCUCACCUUCGACGCUGACGUAAAGGAGGACCUAGUUGAGGACAGGAAUGCCCUGCAGGCAAUGUUUCAGCUAGCUAAGUCAGAGGAUAAGACAGUACUGUUUGCAGUGGGCUCUACUCUGGUGAACUGUACUAACAGCUAUGAUGUGGACAAGCCUGACCCUCAGAUGGUGGAGCUUGCCAAGUAUGCUAAACAGCACGUACCAGAGGAACACCCCAAGGACGCUCACUCGUUUGUGGAGAAGAGGUUGAUGAAGCUGCUGGAGGCAGGUGUGGUGUCUGCUCUGGUGUGCAUGGGGAAACAGGAGAGUCCCGCCCUUACUGAGACUUGCAGGGAGUGCAUCGCCAGGGUGUUCUUGGCUCUGGUGGAGAGGCAGGAGGACAGGGGCACAGUGGUGGCACAGGGUGGAGGAAAGGCCCUGCUCCCUCUGGUUUCUGAGAGUACUGAUGUCGGGAAGACCAAGGCAGCACAGGCCCUGGCCAAGAUCACCAUCACAUCCAACCCAGAGAUAGCCUUCCCUGGGGAGAGAAUCUAUGAGGUGGUGCGUCCCCUGGUCAGUCUGCUCACCCUGGACUGCUCCCUGCUGCAGAACUUUGAGUCUCUCAUGGCCCUCACCAACCUGGCUGGUAUCAGCGAGCGGCUCAGACAGAAGAUCAUUAAGGAGAAAGCUGUACCCAAGGUAGAGGGUUACAUGUUUGAGGAGCACGAGCUGGUCCGCUCUGCAGCCACAGAGUGCAUGUGUAACCUGGUCCUGAGCACUGAGGUGCAGCAGCUCUACGUGGCCACGGGGAAUGACCGUCUGAAGCUGCUGGUGCUCUACAGUGGAGAGGAAGAUGAGAGGCUGAGGAAAGCUGCAGCUGGAACCCUGGCCAUGCUGACCGCAGAGCAGCCUGAGCUGUGUGCACGCAUCCCUGGAACGACCAGUCACUGGCUAGAGAUCCUUCAGGCCCUGUUGCUUAGUGACAGCUUGGAGCUGCGUCACCGUGGAGUGGUGGUCAUGCUGAAUCUGAUGCAGGCGGAGAAGAGCCUGGCCGAGACGCUGAUGGAGAGCGAGGCGCUGGAGAUCCUCUCCGUCCUGGCUAAAUCCACAGAGCAGAGCCCCAUCUCCAGAGCAGCACAGCACUGCCUGGAUAAAGCCAUUGAGUAUGGCAUCAUCAAGAAGCCAGAGGAAGGGGGAGAAGGAAAUGAGCCCUGAGGACAGUAUGGAAGUGUGUGUGUGAUGCUACAGGAGAAAAGACUUAUAAGAUGAUUGCUCCACUGCUGUUCUGUGUGAGGUGUGUUUUGUAGAAUAGGAGGCAAGCAGUUUUGGUGUUUGAGGGCAGUAGGCUGUGCUGGUUUCAGUUUGAUAGCUGAUAUGCUUUACAAACAUUAAGUGAUGUGCAACAACCUGAGAGCUGGAGUUGGUGAAUGUUCAUAAUGGAUCUUGAAGAAAGGAAAAACACGCACUCAAAUAUUAUUUGUUUUAAUGAAAAGAAUUAGCAGCCUUUUCCAUCAAGUAUAUGCCUUUUGAAACUGCCACCCAAUGACCUUUUGUCUCUACAAACAUUUGAGCACAACAAUUUUUCUUUCAAUCAUAACAGAUCUCCCAGACCUGGGCUAAAGAGGACACAUUAUACAUGCUUCAACUGCCAUGCCACCUUACACUCAUGGAUUAUUCUGUUUGACGCUAGAGGCACAAUGCAUAGCCAACAAGAGUAUAACAACUGAAACAACCAAAUAUAGUACUUCAUGCAUUCAUCACAAGUCAUUCCUUUAUCUUGCUGUAGUUUUCUAUUGACUUUUGUAUUCCAAUACAUGUAUUUCCUUUUUAAUGUUUACAACACAAUAUUUAUGUUAUGAUUUACUUGCACCUUAUAUGGAUCAUUGGUUUUAUUUGCCUUUUCUUUUUCCACUACAUUUCCAACGUCUUGGUAGUUUUUAUAAACAACCAGCACGACCAAGUUAGUAGGCUGGCUGACAAAAACUGUUGCUAUGUAAAGUCAGUGAUUCUUCAUUAACUAAUCCAUUGUAUGAAUUGUUUUCAUCACUAAAGACUGCAUCUAGA